AUGUCGGCCGACAAGGGCGACUCGGCACCCACGCAAUGGGUCACUUUGGUCAGCGAGGAUGGCUACCGAUUCCUUGUGGAGAGCACCGUGGUUAUGAUCUCACCGACUCUAAAAUUGAUGCUCUCCACGGGCGAAGGCGGAGGCUUUGCGGAAGGAGAAAGUAACACAGCUCGGUUGCAGAUUCGCGGUGAAGUGCUGGAAAAGGUCAUCGAGUAUCUACACUUCAAUGCAAAGUACGCCGCAGCAGCAAACACGGAGGUGCCCGAUUUCAAGAACCGCAUCCCACCGGCGAUCUCGAUCGAAUUAUUGAUGGCUGCCGACUUUUUGGAGCUUUGCUAG